UGUAAAAACAUAAAUAUUGUAUAACCCACUAACAUUUGCUUUUUAUACAAAUAAAGAGACGGCAAAACUAGUUAAAGCCUGUUAUGUUUUUUAAGAAAAUGAUAAAACAGAAUGGGUUUCAGUUUACACUGAACCAACGCGAUGGGUGAAAUUCCACAAACUUCUUAAGCAAAAACGCAGCGACAUUCAUAACCUCGAUGGCGUUGUUAUACUUUUAAUAGAUUUUCUGAGUAUAAGACAGCAUCAGAUACCUAUCUAAGCAUAUAACAGACUCCAAAUUGGUGGAUAAGGCAAAGGUAAGACAAAUAAAAUUAAUUAAAAAAAAACACAAUAUACAAUAUAUAUAAUUUACAAUAAUGCCAUUUUUGAAUUUAAAGCAGAUGACAUUUAAUAUUAAUAAUUCUCAAGAUGCGCCCUGUAAAAGAUAAUAGGGACUACAGAAUGGCUGUCUUUGGAGCAAGUAACGUUGGCAAAAGUUCGCUUCUUCUUCGCUUUAUUGAAGGCAGAUUCCGGGAAACGUACAUUCCAACGAUCGAAGACGUGUAUCGUAAAACAAUUUGCUGCAAUGAAGGAGGUUGCUCAAUGUUAAUAACAGAUACAACAGGCGCGUAUCAAUUUCCUGCUAUGCAAAGACUCUGGAUGACAAAAGGACAUGCCUUCAUAUUUGUUUUCUCCGUCAUUAGAAAACAAUCAUUAGAAGAGCUUGUACCAAUUUACGAAGAACUUUGUGAAAUCAAAGACAAUCUUAGUGAAGUGCCCAUAAUUCUAGUGGGGAAUAAAUCUGAUAAAGACUGUCGAGAAAUUUCUGAAGAGGAGGGUUUAGAAAUGGCAAAAAAAUGGAACUGUGCCUAUUUAGAAACCUCUGCCAAGAACAAUCAUAAUGUUACAGAAAUUUUUCAAAGAAUCUUAGAUAUGGAAACAAGACGUCAAUUGAGUUUUACACUUAAUACGCAAAAGGUAAUAAAGAAAAAAGAAAAGAAAAAGAGGUGUUCAAUAAUGUGAAGAAUACAUGAUUUAAUUGAAAGACUUCAUUAAAAUCUUUUCAAAUAAUUCAUAUAGUAGUAUUAUUGACCACAACAACUAUUUGAAAAAAAAUUAAAUUCAUGAGCAGGAUUGAGUUUGUAAUAGUAUUGUUGUUAUUUAAAAAGCUACUGUAAGAUUAAUAGAAAACUAAAGCACAUAUAUUAUGUUUAUUUUUCUACAAAAAUGAUUAUAUAAUGCAAUGUAAUAAAAUAUAAAUAAGAUUACUAUGUAACAGAG